AUGGAGCUGAAUGACAGUUCUCAUCUCAACUCCACAUCCUCCGGUUCAGGAAAUGACACCGUUGUGGAUAACAUAAUUGGAACCUCUAUGGGCGCCCUCAUCCUAAGCCUUGUCUUUCUCUUGGGCUUCCCUGGCAACGUCUUCAUCAUUUGGAGCAUCCUAGCUCGUGCCCGAAAGCAGUCCGUCACCACCCUCCUCAUCCUCAACCUAGCUAUCGCAGAUGGCUCUCUUAUGGCUCUCACCCCAUUCUUCAUCAUCUACCUGGUUUUGAAGAAUUGGGUGUUUGGGAAUGUGAUGUGUAAGGUCCUCUUCUACCUGUGUCUGGUCAACAUGUACGCCUCCAUCCAGCUCAUCAUGCUCAUGAGCAUCUACAGGCUGGUGGCAGUGCUGUGGCCGCAGCGUCUCAGUCUUUUCACUGGCCGGAAGACUGUAUUGUGUGUGCUGGGGGUGGUGUGGGUGCUGGUGAUGGUUGCCUCUGUUCCUGCAUUGAUCUUCAGAGAAAUGAAGGAGAAGAAAAAUUCCAUGGAAUGCAAAUCAUUCCAUGAACCUGAAAGCUAUGCAGCCCUCCAUUACACACUGGAGCUUGUGUUGGGGUUUUUAAUUCCCUACAGUAUCAUUGUAGUCAGCUACAUCCGCAUCUUACGGCGACUCCAAAACACCAAGUUCGGCCGUCGAAUUCGUAGCGAGAAGCUCAUCCUGGCCAUUGUGUUGACCUUCUGCCUCUUUUGGUUGCCCUACCACAUCAUCAAUAUGGUGCAAGUUACAUGGGCUUUGUUUCCAGAGGGUGAAGGAAAAAAAUUGUUGAAUAAAAUAUGGGACAGCAGCCGUGCUGUCACCUCUUCUAUAGCCUUCAUGAGCAGCUGUGCCAAUCCGGUGCUUUACUUCUUCGCAGGAAAGUCCUACAUCCGGCGAGAAGGACUGGCGUUCAUGGCCCGCUUGUUUGAGCGAACAGGGCUGGACUCGGCUAGCAGGAAGAGCAGACAGAACAGCCAGAACAGCCGUGACAAAGACAAAGAUGCAGAUACUGUUAUGCUACAGGACAAAGAUCCAGAAUCUGUUACCAACUCGAGCUCUAAUGUUAAACCAGUAAAGAAUGGUAAGUAGAGGACACAAGAGGCUAUAAGCUUGAAGCUGGUGGUGUUCCUCUGGAGGGGAAAAAAAUGACCACUCAGCCUUCAAAUCUCUGUCCAGUCACAAAAACUUCUAAAAUUUGGACAACAUUAAGGGUUCUGCAGUCAAGAAUUCAGAUUCAGAGUAGCAGUUCAGAUUCAGCUGCUGCACAACGUGAAUCUUUGAAAGGGAUGUAACUAGGCCUCCUGUGCCCUGGAACAACUUGCAUCCUACAGUGACAUUGUUGUGUCUGAGAUGGUGCUUAAACAAUACAGCACAUUAGAACUGUAUAUUUGAUGAGCUAUGAACUCUGCUAUGAACUCUUUCAUAUGAAAAAACUGUGGAGUAUUAUCCAGGACACAUAUACUCCUCACCGCUUCAAAAACCCUGUUAAAUUCAAGAUCUAACCUUCAAAAAGAGGCAGUAUGUUAUGUUUACUGUACAUGCUUCCUGUGAUGUCAGUGAGACUUCUUUACAAGAUUUAUUUGUGCCUUUUGGACACACUUGACUUUGUUUUUACAAUAGUCACACUGUUGUGUUUGCUUUGUGUGCUUCUCUGUUACAUUUUGUUGGUAUGUUUUAUGUGUUUAAAGCUGUACGAAUUAUUAUUUUUUUUUUUUUGGCCAUUUGAUGCCACAAUGGCAAUGACAAAGCAGAAGCAGAAUAAACAGAGAUGUGGACCCAGAUGCAAACAGUCACUAAUACAGAAACAAGGCUUACAUGUGUUGGUGGCAGGUAA